GAGGCAAGACUGCCCCUGCUUUCAAGUAGUAUAAACGAAUGGAUAUAGUGGAGAGCAAGGCCAGCUGCCCUGGAGCUUGUUGUUGACAUUACAGGGUCUUGGUGCCUGGGUGUGUCAUCAAACUGUUAAAUAAAUUUGGCCCCUCCACCUAGUUAUUCCUUCCCGAGCAAGUCCCUACUGACUACCCCUUUUCAUUGAGGCUCUGCCUGGGCAGGCAUUUCCCCACUCUGAACUUUAGUUUCUGCCUCUAAAGUGGCACCACUGGGAAGCCAGCCUGGGACUGGGCAGGCAGGAGAUGCUGAGGGAAUGUGGAGAGUAGUGACCCAGCUCUGUUCCUGAAUCGCAGCUCUCCCUUCGGUUCCUGCUAAGUGUUCGUGUAAAGGCCUGAACUACUGGAGAGAAGAAGCCCUGCUGUGGAAAGCUGGCUGGGGGGUGGGGGGACCCCCAUCCUGCUGUUGCUGUCACCGCUGGACAUCCCCUUCUAGCACCCUCCCCCAGCCAUGACAGAGACAAGAGAGACUACUGAGACUGGGGGCUAUGCCAGCUUCGAGGAGGAGGAUGAGGAGCUGUCCCCAGGCCCAGAGCACCCCUCUGACUCAGACUAUACCCUCUCGGAGCCUGACUCAGAGGAGGAUGAGGAAGAGGAAGACGAAGAAGAAGAAACAACGGACGACCCAGAAUAUGAUCCUGGCUACAAGGUGAAGCAGCGCCUUGGUGGGGGGCGGGGGGCACCCUCUCGGAGGGCCGCUCGGGCUGCCCCGCCCCCAGGGCCCCAACCCUGUGCCCUGUGUGGCCGCCCACCCCCCGGGGAGGGUGCUUCAGCCCCUGGGGGCCCACCCUGUCGGCUUUGCCGCCCAGCUGCCCCUCAGGCAACAGCCCCUGCUCGAAGUGCUGCCCAACCCCAGGUGGGUGAGGAGGAUGAAGAAGAGGAUGAGGACGAAGGGGCCACCUCCACUGGAGGUGAUGGGCCCCCUGGGGAUGAGGGGGGUGCUUACCACUGCACAGAAUGUGAGGAUUCAUUCGACGACCUUGGGGAGCUGCAUGGCCACUUCAUGCUUCAUGCCCGAGGGGAGGUGUGAGGCCAACCCCUCCUUGGAGGGUGGUUGCAAGUACAGUGGGUGUAGGGCUGAGACAAGGGAUCACUGGGGGAUGUGGAGCCACCAAUUAAGUCUUUAUCUUCUGGACAGUAGCUGUGUUAGGGUUCAAAUAAAGCCAGAUUUCUGUGUGUGUGA